AUGUAAUAUUGACUUACAAGUUACAACAUGUCAUACUAUAUUUGUACUAUUCAUUCCAUAUAUGUGUCUUGUGCAGUAUCAUUCUCUGUAUCAUCAAAGAAUAAAGUGUUUUUCAAACAAGAGUUUCAGAUUGAGAGACGGGAACUAAGAAUUGCAUCGAAGGUACCUGAGAUUCUUACCACUGGUUCCAUACUGGAAAACAUCAUUUUUGAAAUUGUCAACUCUGAGGGUAUUGUUGAUGAAACUAUCCACGAUGAAGAAAAAACUGGUCUAUCACAUAUGAUCACAAUUAAGGCUGAUUGGCUUGAUAUGGAGGAGUCCACCCGAUAUACUUUCAAGCAAUUUAAUGAAAGACAUAAUAGGGGUGGUUGCUCUACUUGGUAGAGUUCAAUAUAGCCAGCUUAGCAGGAUAUUGUCAGAAUAUUUGGGUGUAGAUCAAAUGCUAGCUGUUGUCACCAGAUCUUUUGAAUCUGCUGCUCAUCUUGAAAUGUAUACACAUACUGGUGAAGUUGAUCGCAGCAAUGCUCUUCAUGCUGAAGCAGCCAUUCUUGGGAAAUCCAUAAAUGGUCGAUUUACUGUUAUAUGCCUUGACAAUAUAAGCCUUGACAAUCCAUACAGAGGUGGCUUUGAAGAUCACCCUCAGGGGAAGCUGGCUUUACCACUUCCUUGUUUUAUUGAUGGAACUAUUCCAAAAGGUUUUCUGGGAUUUGCUGUAAAUAUGAUUGAUUUAGAUGAAGAUCAGCUAUCCAUAACAAACAAUUCAGGCAAUGGUCUUAGAGAGACGGUAUUCUAUCGCCUUCUUGGUCAGCUCCAAGUUUACCAAACCAGGGAAGACAUGCUAGCAGCCAGUGCUUGUAUAAAACACGGCGCUGUAUCACUAGAUGGUGGAAUCUUGAAAGAAAAUGGUGUAAUGUCUUUUGGAUUUAGUGACCCCGGAGUAUGUUUUCAAGUUGUCACGACAAACAAUGAAAUACCUCUUUCUCAAGAAAAUUUGAAGCUGCUCCAAGACCAGAAAUCAGAGUUGAAAACCAUCGAUGAUAAGAUAAAACAAAAUGCCAAACAGCAUGGGCAAGUUUUAAACUAUUAUGCAAAGACAAAGAAAAAGUUAAGCAAGUUGAUGGACGAUGUGGAACGGAACCUAUGAUGAAACAACGAUCCAACACAGAAUAGUUUCUACAUUAUGAUGACAAAUCAAGUCAUACCUUCUCUCCACUUUUAAUUUAAUUUAGGGGUGUAUAUAUAUGUAUAGAUGAAGUACUUUGGGGGUUUUACUUUUCAUCAUAUAUUUAUACGUACAAUAUGAUGAUAAGGAAGUUAUACUUUUUUAUAGUUUUUUUUUGUUUUAAUUCUAUCCAGGAAUACUAUACAUAUUGUAUGGUUAUCUAAUUUAGUAAUCUGUCUAGAAAUUAAUCUAUCGAAAAAGUAGCCUUUUUAGAGGAGUUUGUUUUAUGGGAAAUUUUCAUAAAUAUGACUUUUUAGCUAUAAUUGUGCAAAAAUAUGGGAAUCAAUCUUUUUAUAAUAUGUAUGGAAGAUUUUAUACAAGGAAAACUUAGAAUAUGGGAAAAAUAAGUACAUGCCAUAAUUGAAAUUUAAACAACAACACAUCAGCACAAAUCAGGGGUACACAUGUAAUUACCAAUCCAAUCCUCCUCUGCUCAUUUGCUCAUGCCUGAAACAUGAUAAAAAAACCACGAUACUAUUUCUUCCAUCUCCGGCACGCAAUUCUCCAGUGAUAGCUUCCUUCUCCGGCAACGACUCGUAUCUCCGGCGAUCACCACAACAACCGACCAACUCUAGCAAAGGUUUGACCUCAUCUUCUGCCAAAAAAAUGCAAGAAAAAUCUGAUCACUAAACAAAUGGUCCCUUUCUGCAGAAAUCAAAGAAAUUCCAACAUUCUUCCAAUCAUACCAGCUGCAAUCUUUGAAGAUUCCGGCGACCUGCAUAUCCACUACACAAUCAAGAAAACAAGGUUUGCAAGAAACCGUUUCCUCUGUCAACUCUGUUCUGCUGUCAUUUUUUUUUUUUUUUUGCAAACUAUGUUCAAUCUACUAUAUUAUUUGCAACUAUUAUCUUGAUUAUAAUAAAAAUGAUCAUGAUCAAAUGUGCUUGCUGGAAAACAGAAACAAUUUAUAAACUAAAAAAUAGAAAAAAAAUAUCGAAGCUCACUGGUUUGUAUACAUUGAUUAACCAGAAAAAAAACAAGAAACAAUAA